UUUCCUUGGUUUAUGAAGGAAGCAGAGCUUUCCAAGCAAAGGAGGGUGAAGUGAAGGCAUCUCUGACGAUCUUCUCCUGAGUCUUCCAAUAUAUCAUUUAUGUACAGUGAGCUCCUGGAAUACAGCGGAAUCUCAUGCUACUUCUUUCUUUAAUUUAAAGAGUAUAGUUUUUGGGCAUGGAAAUUCUAUCGUAUGGUUCGGCAUCAUGCUGUUAUGUAGUGAACUUGAAGUCGAAAUUGAGUGGAAGAUGCUUCAAUUCCCGACAAUUAGGAUUUCCCACUGCUGGAAAUCAAGGAGUUCAUAAUAGUAACAUCAUUUCUAGGUUCAAUAACAUGGAAAGAGGUUGUAGAUCCUUAAAUAAUCUUAAAGGCUCUAAAGAAAAUAAUUCCAAGGUUUAUAGUGGAGGCUAUGAUGGUUUUGUGGUUGAUGGUGAAGGGGUUGUAAGAGAUAUAUCAGGAAUAGAACAACCUGCAACCAAGGUUCUCAUUCCUGGUUUGCCAAAUGAGCUGAAGAGGGAGUCUGGUGCCAUGAUAAGAAGUUGCUUCUGGGAGUGGAAGCCAAAGCUUAACGUGCACUAUGAAAAGGCCGGGUGUGAAAAUUUGGAAUCCCCGCAGAUUCUCUUUCUUCCCGGUUUUGGUGUUGGUUCUUUCCAUUAUGAGAAGCAAAUGAAGGAUUUGGGCCGUGACUUUAGAGUAUGGUCACUGGAUUUUCUUGGUCAAGGGAUGUCGCUGCCUUUUGAAGAUCCCACAUUUCAGUCUAAAGCAGUGGGUGCAUCUAAUGGUAAAUCUUCUUCGUGGGGUUUUGGGGAUGAAACUGAACCAUGGGCAGAAAAGCUUGUGUACUCUAUGGAUUUGUGGCAGGAUCAAGUUCGCUACUUCAUAGAAAAGGUAAUUGGUGAACCAGUCUAUAUUGUGGGCAACUCAUUAGGAGGAUUUGUUGCAUUGUAUUUUGCAGCAUGCAAUCCUCAUUUAGUUAAGGGUGUCACAUUGCUUAAUGCAACACCGUUUUGGGGGUUUUUGCCCAAUCCUGUGAGAAAUCCAGGACUUGCAAAAUUAUUUCCAUGGGCAGGAACAUUUCCUCUACCACCACGUGUGAAAAGUCUGACAGAGUUGUUGUGGGAGAAAAUUAGUGAUCCAAAAAGCAUCGCUGAGAUACUUAAGCAGGUUUAUGCAGAUCAUUCAACGAAGGUAGAUAAUGUGUUUUUGCGUAUAAUUGAAACAACAAGGCAUCCAGCUGCUGCUGCAUCAUUCGCUUCAAUUAUGUUUGCUCCUCAGGCAGAAUUGUCCUUUGACGAGGCAUUAUCUAAAUGUCGAGCCAACAAUGUGCCCAUCUGCCUCAUGUAUGGCAAAGAAGAUCCCUGGGUGAGGCCAAUUUGGGGACUUCAGGUUAAAAAGAAGGUUCCUAAAGCUCCAUAUUAUCAAAUCAGCCCGGCCGGUCACUGUCCUCAUGAUGAAGUCCCUGAGGUCAUAAAUUUCUUGCUACGUGGGUGGAUAAAGAACCUGGAGUCUCAAGGCUGUUUCUCACUACCUCUGCUUGAGGACUCGGACAGCACAAAAUUCACUGUUGUCAAGCAGUUAGAAUUUAUCAGAGAAGACUCAAAAAAGUCAGUCAUGGUUAGGUAUCUAGGCAAUAGUUUAACUUUAACACUUUGGGAAAGGAUCAGAUCUUACAUCAAUUCUCAGGCCAAGCUCAGGGAUGUGGCACUCAAAUCUCAGUGAUAUUGUAAACUCUUCUGUGUAUAAAACCAUGUAUACUGAUAGAUCAUACAUCAUAGGGAUCCUUUGUAGGUUUUGUUGAUUUGUAAUCACUUGUGCAUGUAUAUCAACCUUUAAUGUAAGGGAAAAAGGAUUUUUUUUUUUUUUUAAAAAAAAGAAAACUUGAGCUCAUGUAGUAUCCUUCAGCCCCA